UUUCUGGUGUUUAUCUUUUUUAAAAAACCUUAACAUUUAAAUACUUCUCAAGAAAAACAAAGAAGGUGUUACAAUAUAUAUGUUAUUAUAUAUAUUUUUAAAGUGAAUAUAAUGAGUGAUUCCCAAAAACAACAGCGUCCCGGCGCUACACCCAUUAAAAAUCCUCUGUUAAGUGCUUCUGUUACAGGUUUAACAUUUGAUGAUUUUCCCAAUAAACCUUUAUUACUCCCGGCAGCACCUCCUAUUGUACAUGCAACGGUUCCAGCUCCAGUGGUUACACCCUCAGGUCUAAUUGCAAGAGAACACAAAUCAUUGGUAACAUUGGGAUCUUCUUCAUUGGAUACUGAAAACUUAGAUGAAAUCAAUUUGAAUGCUUCAAAUGAAGAUAGCCAAACAUCUGAUAUAACUGAUCCUAAUCCAUUGUUGGAACAAUCAAAUCAAGGCGUUAAUACUGAUUCUAUUUUAAGUCAAGCGGCUUCUUCAUUUUCAGCAUUGCCUUCUGUGGCUUCUAAUGUAUUCUCGACAUUUUCCAAACGUAUAACAGCCAUUUCAAGUAGAGAAACCACACCAACCUACGAUCAAUACCAACAGGAUUUCAACAGCAAUACAUUAGCUCCGCAAUUGGAUAUACAGCCAACGUAUACUCAACAGCAAUACCCUCAACAAGGAAAUUUACCACAAGUUCCACCACCCUUUUAUGCUCCACCUCAAGGUGGUAAUUAUAUUUCGAGUAAUUCUGCCACAUUAAACCAGCAAGAUACACAGACAAGUGUACCACCUGCCGUAGAACCUCCAAAGUUUUACACGCCUGCUGAAGUUCCUCCAAUACCAUCAGCAAGUGGGGCUCCUCCUGCUAAUUUGGGUGGACAAAAUAAUUUUCGUUUUACUUCUAAAAAGAAGUUGUAUGCUCCCAUACCUGGACUGUCAGAUCAAAGUCAAAGUCCAUCUACUACAUUAGAUCCAUCGACUGUAAGUGCCCCAAUUUCUUACGACACUCCAUACGGUGGGAACACUUUAUAUCAACAAUCACAAUAUCCCCCAGCGGAAGAACGUAAACCUGGUAGUGGUUUAUUUUCAAAAAUAAGCAAUCUUGCUCCAGCUGGUGUAUUACAAAAUAUCACAGGACUAGUGCAAUCUGCGGCAGGAUCAUUAACACAAACUAUUAAAACAGAUUCAUACCAACCAACUCCUGCUCCAGUAGUUGAUCAACAAAAUAACUAUUUUGCCGGGCCGCCACCGCCAACAAACUAUUUCGUACCGCCUUCGCUAAGUGGACAGCAAACUAACCCACAAACCACUUUAACGACAACAGAGUACACCAAUACAUCUCAAAAUACACAACCUUCUUCGUUCUUUAUCGGCCAGCAACCUGAACCUACUCCUUUCACACCUUUCGACACUAAUCCCUCUUCUCAGUCAGCUAACUUUUUUAAUCUACAGCCAACUACAACAACACUUCCGCCAGCUGCGGUUUUAUUCCAAUGUAAGCCACCUCCAUCUACAGAAACAUCACCAACUCAAAUACCUUUUUUUAAUCCGACGAACUUGCCACCUCAAAUAAAUCCAAAUCCUAGUUCUCCACCUACUUCUCAGCCAUUGCGCCCGAAUAGGCCACCAUCUAGACCACCAUCACAUCCAAGCAGUUCAUAUUUGCCACCAAACCCAAAUGAACAGUCUGUUACAACACAAUCCAAUCCUACAGAGCCGGCGUUAGAUACAGCUCCUCAAAUAGUUUUCUUUGAUCCUACAAAAUAUUUACCAUCAAGUAGUCAGACAAGUGCAAUUACCCCGACAAGUCUAACGACCCAUCCUUUGCCACCAACUGCUGAUCAUAAAAUUCCACCCCCAGCAAGUGGUCAGACCUCUUACCGUUUACAAAAAGGAACUAAACUUUAUAAAAAUCCCUUGACCCCACAAGAAACUGCUCCCGUACAAGCUAUAAAUCAAUCAGUACAUUCAUUUACUGCACAACCAAGUUUUGCUGCUCCACAAAGUGUUCCCGUAUUUGCUAACGAUCCUCUAAAAAGUGUUCCCUUGUUUGCUCCUACUCCUGUAGGUGAAUUGAAAUCCCAUCCAAGUUUUGCUACACCGCAAAGUGUUCCCUUGUUUACAUCUCCUGUGGGAGAAUUGAUAUCUAGCGAACCAAUACAAAGUAUACCCACGUUUGCUCCUCCACCUGUUGCAGACUUGAUAUCUAACAAAUCGGUGCAGAGCGUUCCUCUAUUUGCUUCUACCGUAGAAGAGUUGAAAUCUAACGAAAGCACGCAAAGCGUUCCCCUGUUUGUACCACCCGUAGAUGAAGUUACAUCUAACCAAGAAGCAAAACAAAACAUCCCUUUGGUAGAUCCACAAGUAGACGAAAUAAAAACUGAGGCAUCAACUCAAAACCUACCUUUAUUUGCAUCUCUUGUAAAAGAACAUAAAUCUAACGAGCCGGUUCCUUUGUUUGCUGCUCCAAUUGAAGAGAAGAAGUGGGAAGAACACAAAAAUAACGAACCUGAACAUAGUGUAACGACUGAAGUCACAAAACUAUUGGAUGCUGAAACUGAAAACAAAGUUGCAACUCAGGUUCCUAAACAAGAUACAAACUCACAAGAAUCACAGCCAAUAUUUGAACCUAUUGAACCAGUUGUAGAGGAUAAUAGUACUGAAAUACAAACAGAAGAAAUCAAAGAUUCUUUGGAACAAACAAUUCAAAAACUUUCUUUAACUGAAUCAUCUUCAGAAACUAAAACUUUAACACUACCACCCAUCACUACACAGGGUCACACAUCGAAUAAUCCUUACCGUAGAGGUUCUACUACCGAAACUACAAAACCAGCGGUAACCCAACCAACAUUAGCUAAUUUCUUUACACCAGUAGCACCAGGUGAUUCGGGCGAUUUAAAUUUCUUUGCCACAUUGCCUGCUACAGAACCUAGUUUGGCUAACUCCAAUAGUGGGAUACAUUUUUUCUCUGAAGCUCCACAAGAUAACAAAGAAAUAUCUGAACCCAAAGGAACUUUACAAGCUGAGACCACAAAUUUUUUCAACACUGAACUAAGCUCUAGCGGUUUAGACGUUAAACCAGAUUUAAUACCUUUUCAACCACACACUGCUAUACAUCCUCCAAUUACUGCCUUCUUCCCUACACUUCCCACAAGUCUAGGAUUAGUACCAGCAGUUUUAGAGGACAAAAACAAUAUCACUAAACAUUUGAACGAAUCAUUCGUGCAGGGAAACGUUCUACCACCUAUAGGAUUUGAAAGUUUCGCACAAUCAGAGCCUUCAGCCACUGUAAUACCAGAUAAUACAACUGUUCAACAGGAAACAUCAAGUCAAACUAAACAACCUGAAAUUGUCAAUAGAUUUUCAAAUUAUUUCAAUCAAACAAAUCAACAACAAGAAAUUGCUAAGGAUCCUUCGACAUUUUUCGAUUCAUUCCCUGGCCAACAAGUACCACAACUGCAACCACAACAUCCAGUUGAAACUAAUGCUCCUGUUGCAGCUGCAAACGAAGAGCAACGCAUACAAUUUUUUUUUAAUAAUCCCCCACCAAAGGACGCAAGUGCCGUGGGCGAUUUAAAUUACGAUUUAGUACACAGCGGCUUAGGUAUUAAAAAACUACAACAACGUUCUCUAACACCAAUAUCAAACUUGGUAGAACCUCCUUCUUCUGCUUGUUCAGAGUUUUCGGAAAUAAGUAAUUCCACGGCAGGACAAAAAUCGAUCGGCGCUAAUCUAUCUAUAACAGGGAUUAGUGAGAAAUCAAUUGAAAAAGAGGAAAACAAAAGCAUUGACAAUAGUGUAACUUUGGAACAGGAUUCUACUGCAACAGAUACGAUCACUAAACAUUACGAAGAAUUGCCCGAAGAGAUUUUAAAAGAGUUACGAAUGGCGAAUAUUUUGUCUGCUGAUAAAUCGGCCAGUUCCUCUAUGGCCAGUGUGUCGUAUAAACCGGCUGUCAAACAUUGGUUUUUCAAACGCACCAUAAGUGACAAACAACUAUGGAUUCCAUUUAGUCAUUAUGACUCAGCACUUUUGGAAACAAGUCUUUUAAUGGAAGAUGAAGAUGAAAAACCCAAUAUAGUGGCUGUAGAAGGUGGUCGCUAUGAUGUCAAUAUAAGUGAGCGCAAAAAAAUGAGCGUAUAUUGGGAAAGUGAGCCCAUUGAAGUGCGCCGUUGUUCUUGGUUCUACAAAGCCGUCGAUUCGAAAUAUGUUCCCUAUGAGGAGCAGACGGCCGAGGUAUUAGAAAAGGAAUAUAAACAGGCUGCUGAGAGUGGCGUUUGGCAUAAAACUAUUAUUUUGGGUAUGGGGGAACAGGUUGUCUUUCAUGGUCCCACAGUUAUCGUACACUUUCAACAGCAGCAAAAUAGUGAUGCCUGGGGUGGCACUACGAAGCAAACUGCAACCAGGCCUCGCGUUGUUAAACGAGACUUGGAUGAUUUUAAUAUUGAACAGGGCGAAUCACAAAAAGUAGAUCAUUUAUUAUUUAUGGUACAUGGCAUUGGCUCUGCAUGUGAUUUGAAAUUAAGAUCUGUCGAGGAAGUUGUUGAAGAUUUUCGCACAAUUGCUCGUCAGCUGGUUCAGAGUCACUAUAAAAACUCCACGGAUUUGGGUUUGGUGGGACGCGUUGAAGUUCUACCAAUAUCCUGGCAUAGUCAUUUGCACUCCGCUGAAAUGGGUAUAGAUGAAAAAUUACGAUUGAUUACACUGGAAUCCAUACCUAAAUUAAGGAAUUUUACCAACGACACUCUAUUGGAUAUACUUUUUUACACCAGUCCCACAUUUUGUCAAAAAAUUAUGAAUACUAUCGUUUCAUCGAUGAACACAUUAUAUUUGAAAUAUCGCGAAAGACAUCCCGAAUUUAAUGGUGGCGUUUCAUUGGCUGGCCAUAGUUUAGGCUCUUUGAUUCUUUUUGAUUUGCUUUGUCAUCAAAAUCCCAUAAAAGAAAGCGAAGAAAAGAAUUUGGAAAAUCCAGAUAAAUUUUUAACACCCAGCACUUCUAACACCCAAAUGGAUUCGAAUCAACUAGAAGAUAAACAGAUAAGCUAUACCAUGGGACCGGCUGGAACUGGACAGCCUUUUAUAAACUAUGGUCAAUUAAUAUUUCAACCUAAAAAAUUCUUUGCUUUGGGUUCUCCUAUAGGCAUGUUCGUUACCAUUAGAGGCAUUGAUAAGUUGGGCUUAGAUUUCCGUCUACCCACUUGUCCCGGAUUCUAUAAUAUAUUCCAUCCUUAUGAUCCAGUUGCCUAUCGUAUUGAAGCUUUAGUUAAUCCCGACUUAAGUGGUGUACGUCCUGUUUUGAUUCCCCAUCACAAGGGUCGCAAACGUAUGCACUUAGAAUUGAAAGAGACCAUGACACGUGUUAGUAUGGAUUUGAAAAAUCGUUUCCUAGAUAAAUUUAAAACGACUUUGGAUAGUGUCAACAUAUUUGGUUCGACAACCAAAUGUACGAAAGAAGCUGAAGAAUUAAUGGAAAAGGAAGUGGACAAGGUAAUUCAAAUGCAAAUGGCAUUAGAACAACAAAAUAACAAUCAAAACUCUCAUGCCAAAUUGACAUCGGAAAUCGAAUCCCAAAAUGGAACUACUACCAGACAAAGAACCGAUUCUGUAUCUACAGCUAUGUCAGAAGAGGUGGUAGAAUUAGAUUUGCCAUUGGGCAAACUAAACGAUUCCAAACGUGUGGAUUAUGUAUUGCAAGAAGCACCAUUGGAAUUCAUUAAUGAAUAUAUAUUUGCAUUAAGCAGUCAUGUGUGUUAUUGGGAUUCUGAGGAUACAAUAUUGUUUGUAAUGAAAGAGAUCUAUUCCGGCCUAGGCAUUAGCCCCGAUAGCCAAGUACCACAACAAACAAUGACCAUUGAACGUCCAAGUUCACGUAAUAGUUUAUUACCCUCUUCAUAGAUUUAUUCCCUAUAAUAAGUUAAUAUUUUUUUUAUCUUUUACUUUUACUUUUUAUUACUUUUUCUCGUUUAAGUGUUAUUCAUGUUUUUAUAAACAACAAACAAAAUUUAUUGCUGCUAAAUUUCAAAUAUUGUCAGUCAGCUUUAGCAACAAAUGAUGAUGGUUCCAUUUACUUUCUUCGUCAUCAUAACAUUUAUGCAGCUUUAGUAAAUUUGACCGUUUUAAACAAAUACAAUUUGAAAAUUUAUUUAUAAAAUAAGUUUUUUAAACGUACAUACACAUAUAAAUAUAAAUAUAUAACAAAACUAAUUGGGAAGGGUAAUUGUAAUUGUUUAAAAUUCGA